CAACCAGAUAUCUAGAAUCGUCCCAAAACAACAAUAAGCGAGCACAAAGCAAUCAAUCGGUUCAUACAAGCUGCAACAUAGGUAUUGGAUAUUGGAAGCUGUCUGAAAUCGAAUUUUGGAUAGCGCGCUACAGUUUCGGCUGUAUGUAUUGUCGUGAUCGAACGUUUGUGUUGUUGCUAGUCUUCUAUUGAAAUCAUUACCAAAAUGUGAGGAUAUUAUAUGUGCCUUACGAGUCGGCUAAUUUCUUUUUUCGCCCAUUCCUGACACAAUUUACACCCGUCUUAGCACACAAUGCAACUUCAGAUGCCAGUCAGUACUCUGAUCGACAGAUUUCGUCUUUCCAUUUACUCAUAUAGAUUAAGUACUUUAAGUAACUGGCCUUAUGAUGGGAAUUCCCUUUGUACAGCUGAGAAAAUGGCCAAGUCUGGGUUCUACCGACCGAAUCCAAACAAUCCAACCACUACACAAUGUUUUGUUUGCAUGAAAGAAUUAGAAGGAUGGGAACCUGAUGAUGAUCCAGACAAAGAGCAUAAAAGUCAUUCACCAAAGUGCCCUUUCCUCAAAUCCAAGCAAUAUGAACAAAUGACUUAUGAAGAAGGUUUAGCAAUGGAUGUUGAAAGAUAUUGUACUUAUCUUUCCAAGAUUCUUUCGGAUCAGUAUGAUGUCCAAAAAGUCCAAAAGGCAUUUAAAAUGUUAACUGAUAUUGUAUUAUCCAAACUACCAAAGCGAAAUAAAAAAAAGAAAUCGAACCUCAGCAAAACAAAACACUCAAUUAUGUCAAAUUCAAGUAUUAAAUCAACCAGGAGUACUCGAAGCAAAAGAAUAUAAAUUUGUUUAAUUUCUUUACAAACCUGAAUUAUUUGUAUACUUUGUACAAUAAUAGUUGUUUCAAUCAUACCAUACAUUAUUUUGAUAGCAUCGGGCAACAGGGACUAGUCCGCAUACGUUCUUUUUUCAUUUAUUAAUGGUAGAUGUCACUUUAUCUUAAAAUGUUGGUAUUACAGUCCAGUAAAGAUGGGUGAGGUUUAUUAAACAUCACUAAUUAUGCUCAUUACUUACUAGUAAGGCCUUUUUUAAUGAGUUUGUUAUACUGUCUUAGCAUACAUUGAAUCAAACAGAAUGGAUAGAUUGUGGUGAGCAGUGUAAACCAGGACCCAUGUUUCCGCUUAUUUGUGACUGGCUAGCUGGACCUACCUACAUUCCCAGUAUUGACUUUCGCACUUUGGGACUCGUACCCUGUACCUUCCGCCCUAAAUAUUCAUGUAAGUAUAAUACCUGUUUCACAAGUGGACGGCUGUGUAGACUAGUUGAUAAUGCGACAGGCGUUAAAAGCAAAAGGCGGAAAGAUCUAUUAAUGAUAGUGAAGUAAAUCUAGCUGACAAGUCCCGAGUAGAACAGAACACGCUUUAUGAAUUUCUCAGCCAAUAGCAAACCAUUUGUUCUAUUAGAAACCUAUGAUAAAAUGGGUAUAUCGGGGCAAACCUCACAGUGUGCUUAUGUAUCAACAAAGACUGAACUGCUAACAUCUAACUGGUGAUCAGCUCAAUAUUUAUGGAAAGGAUCGAUCAGGAAAUAAGAAAAGGUAACUUACUGAAAUACCUUGUGCUGAGGAUUCUAUAUUGUACCAAAAAUAUUAUAUUGAAUAAAGCCGACCGUUCUUGCUACCUUGAUGUCGUGGUCGGGCUUGCCUAUCGUGAUGAACUAAUCGAGCUAUACUGCCUGGAACAUUUGUUCCUCAAGGUUCUAACGUGCCAGUUGAGGAACGGUAAGACUAAACACCGCAAACCCAGGGUCCGAAGUCGUACUGUUGAUUGUAGAGGUGUGGUGGCAGUAAGCUGUGUCCUUCAGACAACCAGCAUGACAAGGAUGCUGCCGUCUCACAAGGAGGGGUUUGGUUAGAUAGGUCGACCGUAAAGAUACACGUCUCGCCAUAUCCCACAGAUAUCCGUCUCUGGCGGUAAGGCCUCAACAAGUACGGAGCUAACACGAGAACUACCCACGAAAAGGUCGUGUGUGAUCGGGCUCAAGCAGUUGUCCCUUGGGCACUGCAGUCACUCUGUCAGGUCAUUAAAACCACCUCUAACCCAGCUUCUUCAGGUACCUCCAGAAGAACCCUUCUACGAUGUGGGCAACCGGGAAGUGAUAACUACCCUCAUACCUUUAACAGCACUAAAGACCAUUGUAGCUGUUGAAAAACUGCAUUUUAACAUAAAAGUAUUGUAUAGUUCGAUUGUUUGAAUAAAUUUAAAAAGCACUACUAACCUAAUCAAGUGAAUUUAUGGUUGUUACGCUGAACUGAUUUCAAUGAAUUAUUUAAGAUCCCCCUAUUCAACUAUUUAGUUAAGGAUAGAAAAGAAAAGACAAUAACAAAUACAUACGACAAUGACACAUUUUCUUUUUCUUAUCAAUCAUUAUUUCAUCCUGAGGUUGUUGUUGAUGUUGUCAUCUUCUCUUUUGUAUUAUCUAAUUUAAAUCAAUAAAAAAAAGACAAGACACUAAAAAAGAAAAUGACCAUCAAAAGAUAUGAGAGUAAGAGAUGAAGAAGUAGACGAAGUAAAAGGGAUCCAAACAAUCUAUCAAUAGUACAACAUGUUUAUUAAAUGUAAUGCAUAAAUGAAAUGGAAAAUCCUACUAAGUUAUACAAAUAGAUAUCAUCAUAAUUAUUAUCAAGUUGGUAUUGAAAUGAAAAGUAAACCUAUUUGAAUUGAAUGAUUAUCAUCUGUAACUAAAAAAAAUUCAUCAGAAACAAAAGAGAAAAAGAAACGAACAAAGAAGUUGUUGAAAUGAUUCAUUGAAACGGUCAAUGUAUCAUCCAAGUAUAGAAAGACAAUCUUUCUAACAUUGUUCAUUGUAUGAAUUUUAUUCACUUUUUAAAAAAAUAUAAAAAAGAAAAGAAAAUUUUCUAUAAUUAGGCAACAAGUAAAGCAUAUCCCUAUUAACAGACAAUAUUCAACUUCUAACCUUUAAAUGGAGAAAAAUCAGAAACGAAUGUAUCAUGAUGAAGGGACAUUUCCAAAAAAACAAAAAAAAAUGCAAUUGUCAUGAUGUGGAGAAGAAGAAAAAAAACAAAGAAAUGAGCGCAUAUAUAUAAUCAAAGAUAAUGAAUAUUGAUAUAAAGGAAAUAUUGAUUUCCAAUAUUUAAAGUUUCUUGCAUAGUUACUACUACAAUUAAAAGAAAAAGGAGUAAAUCAAUGAAGAAAGAAAAAAAUUAGUUUACUUUAUAUUCAUUAAAAAAGUUUUUAUCUCUAAAUUAUCUAGUGAAUAACGUUUAAAAGAAAUUCAAUUUGAAUUAUGUAUGAUGAAACGGGUGUAAAACAUGUUUUGUUUGUUGUUGUUGUUAUUAUUACUAUAGUUGUAUGAUUAUCCUCAUUUGUACAGUUGUAUAAACAAACACCGGGAGAUGGGACCUUUUUUUCCUCUUUUUUAAAAAAAAAAGAAUUCAUAAUAGGAAAGAAUAUAUAUAUAUAUAUAUAUAUAUAUAUAUAUAUUGAGAGAGAGAGAGAGAGGGGGAAAGCGUUUCCCUUUGUAAUGUUGUUUAGGCCCUGGAUCAAAGUUCAAUGAAUUAAAAAUCAGUAAACAAUCAAGUUUAUUUUGAUGAUAAUGAAUGACUGUUGUUUAAUAAUAAGUAAGUAAGUAAGUAAAAGUCAAUAAGAAUACAAGGCACUUUCAAAUGUCCAAAAGAAAACUUCAGUUAAAAGUUGAAUACAUAAUGAUUAUUUGUUUAAAUUGAAAGAAGAAGAGAAACAGAAGGGAACUAAUUCAAAUGAAACAAUGAAAGGAUGAAUGAAUGAGUUGUAAACUAUUUUAAAUCUUGUAUUGUGUGUGUGUGUGUGUGUGUGUGUGUGUGUGUGUGUGUGUGUGGUAU